AUGCCAGCUGUAGAUAUUCUUUUCACUGUGAGACCUAGUAGACUGGAGGAGAAUCGUACUCUAGAAAGCUUAGUGUGUGAAUCAGAAGUGAGAGGCGAGAUGACCUGUCGGGCAACUGCCUGCCAGGACUAUCUUUUCUGUGUUGUAUACGGCUGCAUUUUUGUUGAUAACGUCACCUGUGUGACAGAACUGUUAGGUGGCAUUGAUGUAUUUGUGGCGUAUCGUCAGAAAGAUCUUUACAAAGCUCUCCUCUGA